CGUUCUACGAGCACGACUAUUCCGCGACAGUGGUUACUCAUAUUAGUAAAACAAUAUAUAUUAUUUCGUGUAACUCAGUGUUUCUUUGUAAUAACAAUACCUAUUACUCGUUUGUAAUAUUUGUACAUUUGUAAUAUCGUACAUUUGUAAUAUCCGGUGUACCUACAUUCAAUUUUGCCAUUCAAGCGACCGUCUUUUAUUGACCGCCUAACCACCCAGUCGGGAACUCAGGGGCAGGCUAAGGUUUUACACGUCAACGCUUUCUUCUAUAUAAUUCCUAUGGAUCUUCCUUUAAGAUAUAUAUCAACAGAUACAAUGAUCAUGCCUCUGUCAGGGAAGCGCAGAAGAAUAGAUGGUGAGUGGCUUAUAAAAAAGCCGAAUAAAGGACAAGAUGAUAAGGUUAUACUGCAGGAUACAAUUGACCAAACAACAUUCGAUAUUAAAAUAUGUGACUAUAGAUUGUUGGAAAAAGGAUUGAUGAUGAGUGAUGCACUUAUUGAUUUUUAUUUGGCGUAUAUGCAUAGUAAACUAAGCGAUAAGGAUAAAGAAAAGGCAUAUGUAUUCAGUACACACUUUUAUAGCUGCUUAACAAAACAAAUUAAUCAAUCAACAUAUGAUCCGUCCUUGUCGUGUUCCAAGAAUAGACAUAAUAAAGUGGAGAAAUGGACCAAGAAAGUGAAUAUAUUUAAAAAAGAUUUCAUCUUUAUACCAAUAAAUAAAUAUCAACAUUGGUGCCUAGCAGUCAUAUGUUUUCCUUACCUAUCGGGUAAGGUUUACAUAAAACAAGAAACACAUUGUGAUGAACCGGAUGAUAAUACAGGUCGAUAUGAAGUGUCUCAAUGUAUACGAAUACCAAAAAGAUUUGAUGAAGCUGAUCCAAAUGUAGAAGAUCUGUGGCUGUUUGAUUUAUGCUUACCUAAAAACUAUCAAGAUAGAUACAGCAAUUAUUAUGAUGACGUGGAAGUAUUAAAAACACAAAAAAAAAAUAAACUAAUUAAACGGCCUUGCAUUUUAAUAUUUGAUUCAUACUCCAGAGGUAUACUGAACGCAAUGAUCACAGCAACGCUACGUGAAUGGUUACAGCAUGAAUACUGUAAGAAAUACAAUGGCGAACAAAAAGACUUUCAAUUUAUGAAAGCAUGUUCAGUCAAAGUACCUCAGCAACCUAAUAAAACGGAUUGUGGUCUUUUUGUAAUGCAUUAUUUUGAAAUGUGGGUAAUCCAGCAAUUAAUACUGAAUUGUGGUCUCAUUGUCUCACUAAUGCUUGGACAUCCCUCCAAGCCGGUUACUGUGAAGAUUGACAGGUUACAACGAACACUUGUUAUUACAUAUAUAACAAGUUACAAUUAA